AUAAGUAAUAGGUAUUACCGACAGAGAGUUGUUUAAGCCUGUCAUGGGAAUUAUAAAAUGAUUAUUGCCAUGCAGUAAUUACGGAAACCACUAACUAUUGCCACAUGCAAAGAGGUCAGUCAAAACCGUCAACUUUAUUUUAUGUAAAGAAGAACAAAAAUGAAAUCAGAUCUGGAGUCGAUCGACGACACUCUCCCUCUAUUAAUAGCUCUCAGUUACUUCUCUCAAUAAACACAACACAAUGAACUCUUGUUCCUUCCCUCUCUUCAUCUUUAUUGCCGUCUUUAUCUUUUUCCGGUGUUUAAGUUCCACGGGAGCUGCCACAUGUCAUCCUGAUGACGAGGCAGGUCUUUUAGCUUUCAAAUCAGGUAUAACCCAAGAUCCUUUGGGUAUUCUCAGCUCCUGGAAGAAAAGUACUGACUGCUGCUCUUGGUAUGGUGUCUUUUGCCUCCCUGUUAACCCCGGCAACCGCGUCACCAUACUGGCACUAGAUGGAAAUACAGAUUCUGGCAAAACUUUUCUCUCCGGCACUAUCUCGCCGUUGCUAGCUAAGCUCCAGCACCUCAACGAGAUUCGCCUCACCGAUCUUCGAAAGAUCACUGGAUCUUUUCCCCAAUUCCUUUUCAAAUUACCAAAGCUAAAGAUUGUUUACUUAGAGAAUAACCGUCUCUCUGGUCCCCUUCCGGACAACAUCGGUGCAUUAAGUAAGUUGGAAACUUUUAGUCUGGAGGGAAACCGGUUCACCGGUUCGAUCCCAAGUUCGAUAUCUAAUUUUACUAGAUUACUCCAACUCAAACUCAACGGUAACCGCUUUUCUGGCAUCAUCCCUGAUAUAUUCAAAUCCAUGCGACAACUCCAUUAUCUCGAUCUCUCCCAGAACAGAAUCUCUGGAAAACUUCCUUCAUCGAUUGCAUCUCUUGCACCGACUCUUUGGGCUCUUGAGGUGGGCCAGAACAAUCUAUCGGGGACUAUCCCAGACUAUUUAUCGAGAUUCGAGCUCUUGUCAUUAAAUCUCUCCAGGAAUUGCUACACAGGUGUCGUGCCGAUGAGUUUCACCAAUCUUACUAGACUUUACAAUCUCGAUCUCUCCCACAAUCAUCUAACUGGUCCACUCCCUGUCAUGAACUCCUCAGACAUAGAAUAUCUACAUCUCUCGUACAACCGAUUUCACCUUAAAGCAAUUCCCAAAUGGGUGACCUCGUCGAGGCUCAUGUACUCGUUGAAGCUUGCAAAAUGCGGGAUCAAGAUGAGCUUAGACCAUUGGACGCCAUACAGCUUUUCGUACAAUCACAUGGAUUUGUCAGAAAACAAAAUCUCAGGGAGUCCAGCAAGGUUUUUGAACAAGAUGGCUUUUUUGACUGAGUUCCACGCAGCGGGGAACAAACUUCGAUUCGACUUGGGGAAACAGAAUUUUGGGAUCUUCUUGAAAACCCUGGAUCUGUCAAGGAACUUGGUAUUUGGGAACGUACCCGCGACGCUGAUCAGAUUGCAGACAUUGAACUUGAGUCAAAAUCAUCUUUGCGGAAAGCUUCCAGUAACAAAGUUCCCGGCCAGCGCGUUUGCCGAUAAUAAUUGUCUUUGCGGCUUUCCACUUUAUCCGUGUAAAGCUUAGGGGCAAUAAAACUACAUUUUUGUAUUUGGAUUUACUGUAACACGUAGCUAGCUCCAAAUAAAAUUUGUAUGACUUAAGUAAUUUAAAGAUGCCAAUAAGCUCCAUUACAACUA